CAGGGCCUCACACUGAAUAUAAAGCAGGUCACAAUGUUAGACACAACAUCGCUAACUCCAGAUCUCCCAAGAGCAUCUGAAGUUUUCACGGGUAUACUCACAGAUACAGAGAUGAUUUUUUCUGUCCUUCUUGUGCUGGGUGUCUGCCUGGUGCCUGCUCACUCUAAACCAGCAGGAGAAUAUCUCGGCAGUCCUCUCCUUCAAAGCUGCUUUCGGGAGGCAAAGAAAAUCGUGGAUGAUGCGUACAAGUACUCCAGAGAAGAGAGUCUGAAACGAGUCCGCAAGGAGGUGGUGAGUCCUCAUGAUGCUCUUCGUCUCCUGAAGCAGCCUCGCGGUGACACACGCUCAGCUGUGAGAUCUGCAGACUACAUGGCACAAACCCUCCGUCUGCUGCAAGAGAGGGUUCAUCAUGUGCACAAACGCUCACUCAACGCAACAGAUUUGCUCUCUGAUGUCGACCUGCAAAUGCUUGCCAACAUAACUGGAUGUGCUGCUCGAGUCAGACCUCCACAAUGCAGAACCACACCAAACCUUAACAAGUAUCGCACAAUCACCAGCGUCUGCAACAACCUAAAUAACCCACGCCUCGGCGCCUCCAACACCCCAUUUACCCGUUGGCUACCUGCCCAAUAUGACGACGGCAUCUCCCAGCCGACAGGCUUCAAAAACCAAAAAAUCAACAACUUCUUGCUCCCACUGGUGCGACAGGUUUCCAACAAUAUCCUAAACACAACGGAUGCAGGAGUGGUCAGUGACCCAGAAUACUCUCUGUUGGUGACCUUCUUCGGGCAGUGGAAUGACCACGACCUCUCCUUCACGCCUUUCUCCCCCAGCAUCCGCUCCUUUAGCAACGGCUUGAACUGUGAUGAGAGCUGUGAGAAUUCUGAGCCAUGCAUCCCCAUCCCGAUUCCUCCCGGCGACCCCCGCUUGCCCUCCAACAAAGACAGCUGCAUCCCUGCGUUCAGAUCCGCCCCCGUUUGUGGGACGGGUUACUCGGCCUACAAUUUUGGCGGAGAUCCAAACAAAAGAGAGCAGAUCAACUCCCUGACAGCCUUCUUGGAUCUCAGCCAGGUGUACGGCUCUGAGGAAAAGCUUGCCCAGUUUCUUCGCGACCUUAAUUCUGAUGCCGGCCUGCUGCGCGUCAAUACAGAGUUCACUGACAACGGCCGUGAGCUGCUGCCCUUCAACCCUCUCAAUGCGAACAUGUGUGCCACUCGCAGAAGAAUCACCAAUGACACGAAUGCUAAAGAGGUUCCCUGUUUCAUUGCAGGUGAUGGACGUGUGGAUGAGAACACCGCUCUGACAUCCUUGCACACGCUGUUUGUGCGUGAGCAUAACCGCCUUGCACGUCAACUGAAGAAACUAAACCCUCGGUGGGACGGCGAGACCCUCUACCAAGAGGCCCGCAAGAUCAUGGGUGCUUACACACAGGUGUUUGUGUUUAGGGACUAUCUGGCACACAUUUUGGGUCCCGAUGUGAUGCGUACCCAGCUUGGCCGUUACCCCGGCUACAAUCCUAACAUCGACCCCAGCAUCGCCAACGUCUUUGCAACAGCAGCUUACCGCUUCGCACACUUGGCCAUCCAGCCAUUCAUUCCCCGCCUGGAUGCAAACAACAGAGAGAACUCUCAGUUCCCCAGUGUCCCUUUGUUCAAGGCCUUCUUCACACCCUGGAGAGUCGUCUAUGAGGGUGGCAUUGACCCUCUGAUCCGGGGUUUGAUCAACCGUCCCGCUAAACUGAACGUUCAGGAUCACAUGAUGGUGGAUGCUCUGAGGGAGAAGUUGUUCAUGUUUGUGCAACAUCUGGCUUUGGACCUGGGCUCUCUCAACAUGCAGAGGUCACGUGACCACGGCCUGCCUGGCUAUAACGCCUGGCGCAGGUUCUGCGGCCUGUCUCAGCCCAAGAACCAGGAAGAGCUCGCACGGGUGUUGAACAACAACGUCCUGGCCCGCAGGCUGCUGCAGCUCUACGGUACCCCCGACAACAUCGACAUCUGGCUGGGAGGCGUGGCAGAGCCGUUAGUCCCGGGCGGCCGUGUGGGUCCUCUGUUUGCCUGCCUCAUUGCAGGACAGUUCCAGAGGAUCCGCCUGGGUGACAGGCUGUGGUACGAGAACCCGGGCGUCUUCACCCCAAGUCAGAGAGCUGCUCUGUCAACUGCCACCUUAUCCAGGAUCAUCUGUGACAACACCGGUAUCACGUCUGUCCCCAGGGAUCCUUUCAACAUUGUCUCAAACAGAAACCCGCUCGUCUUCUGCAACAACAUCCGAAGCCUGAACCUGUCAGCUUGGAGGGAGUGACCCUGCACAAACAACUCAGAUCUAGUAGAAGCCCCUAGCCCAAGAUGGCCUCCUGGACUGCCACCACUCAACACAAAGCCUCAUAGCCACAAUCUGCCUUCUCUAUCCACCUGGGCAAGAAUCAGAAUUCAUUCUGUCAUGUCACCUACAAUGAACAGAACCAUUACAGCACCAAGUUUACAUGUGCCAUUCCGGGUCUCUAUCAGUUUAGCUUCCUCUGCAAUCCUUCAUCGGUGCAGUAGUGUGGACUAACAACAAGCUGGUGCUGGGCAGUUUCAAGGGAGGUCACCCCUUGUCAUAAGGGGACACAGUAGUGGUUGGAGACAGGAGACAAAGUGUGGCUGGAGGCCAGCGACAGGACCAUCUGUCUGCUUUAUGAUCUGUUUCCAUUAAUCGGGUUAUAGCCUAUAAUAUCUUUUAUUGAUAAAUAACUUUGAGCAGACUUGGGCACACCAUCCAACUGUACACAUUAUGAAAAAUUAACACAUUUACAACAUUAAAUAUUACUUCAGUACAUUUGUUAAACUCUGUUACAGCGUGCAGUCUAUUGGAUUUGUCAGUAGCCAAUUUUGAUUGUGGGAUUUACUGAUUAUUGCGAAUAUUAUAUGCACUGAUGAGAUUGAAGCACGCCUUGAAAAUGAUGUGUGUUGUGUUCUGUCUGUGAGGUUUGUUUUACUGUAACUUUCAUAUCUGUUGUAUUUCUGCAUUCAAUAAAUUUAAA